GAUAUGCAAAACAUCAAAGCUCCUCGCGAGUCCGAUUCGCCAGUUACCAGCUCCAGUUCCACCACCCGGAACAUGAACAAAAAGAAAUACCUGGAGCAAUUUAAAUUCCCCUUUUGCGACGAAUCGUCUAAAUACGAGAUAGUCGCAAAAAUUGGUCAAGGCACGUUCGGGGAGGUGUUCAAAGCGCGAGUACGUAACACGAACAAUAAAAAGUUCGUCGCAAUGAAGAAAGUGUCGAUGAUCAAUGCGAAUGAAGGCUUCCCGAUCACGGCACUACGAGAGAUAAAGUUGCUACAACAGCUCAAACACGAGAACGUAGUGAAUUUAAUAGAAAUAUGCCAGACCAAAGCGACGCUUCGCAACAAGUACCGGUCGUCUUUAUAUUUAGUUUUUGAGUUUUGCGAGCACGACCUAGCCGGUCUACUAUCGAAUGUUAAUGUACAAUUUAGCUUGGGAGAAAUCAAGAAGGUGAUGAAACAGCUUAUUAACGGUCUGUUCUACAUUCAUGUGAACAACAUACUGCACAGAGAUUUGAAGCCGGCAAAUGUGUUGGUCGCAAAGAAUGAACUACUGAAGUUGGCAGACUUCGGUCUGGCGAGGGCAUUCAAAGUGGCGAAGUCGGGACAAGCGAACAAAUAUACUAACAGGGUCGUGACGCUGUGGUAUAGGCCUCCGGAGUUAUUGUUAGGUAACCGCAAUUAUGGUCCACCGGUGGACAUGUGGAGCGCCGACUGCAUCAUGGCUGAGAUGUGGACACGUUCACCUAUAAUGAAGGGUUCGACUGAGCAGCAGCAGCUGGUUGAGAUCUCGCAGCUGUGUGGCUCGUGCACGCCCGACGUGUGGCCGGGCGUCGAGAGCCUUGAGCUUUACAACAAAAUGGCGCUGCCCAAGGGACACAAGAGAAUAAUCAAGGAAAGGCUACAACGCUACAUCAAAGAUCCCUACGGCUGUGACCUGUUAGAUAAAUUGUUACAACUGGACCCAGCGAAGAGAUUGGACGCGGACACAGCGCUUAACCACGACUUCUUCUGGACGGACCCGAUGCCGUGCGAGCUGGCGAACAUGCUCGCUCAACACUCGCAGGGUAUGUUCGAGUACCUAAUACCGUCGCGGCGGCCGGAGCACCUCCAACAUCCUCACCGCGUUGCAGCCGCUCAGCUAAAGCCGACCCAGUUGACGCAGUACUCCGGCUAUCAGGACAGAGUAUACUAAAUAACAAACCUCUAUGGUUCAUGUAAAACAAAGCCAAUUAAUGCCACUUAGUAUACAAGUAAUACACGCCAUCCAGUUCCAAACUAAGCAGAGCUCGUGCUAUGUGCUACAUUUUUUAAUAUGUGAUUAUGGACUGGUAGCCCAGCAGGCAGGACACUAGCCUAUAAGGUAUAUUAAGACAGUGAAAUGUUCUAGAACUUUAGUAUAUAAGAAAAUGUACAUUUCAUUAUCAAUUUGUACUUUUGUGAUAAACUUAGAAUGUUAUGUAGGUACUUAUUGUACAGAGUUAACUUGAAUUAAUUAGAAUAGUGUUUACAGAAUGUUGUACAGUUGUGCCAGUGUAACUGAACAGUUUUGUCAAAGUGAGUUCAGUAGAAGAAACAGCAGAACAUGUCGAACCUCCUGCUCUAAUUUUUUAUUGUUUUUCAACCCUUUGAGAGAAAUGUUCACUUCUGCUGGAACAUUUACUACCUAUUUGAAAAUUUGUAUAAAGACUGAAGAUAAUUUGUAUAUAUGUGUACAACUCAAUACCUAGUUCCUACAGUGAUUGUAAGUGAUACUGAAUAAAAUAAUUAUUAUA